CCAUUGAUUAACCUCCAUAUUAACCUCAUGAGCCAGCAGAUAUAUGGACGCGUGAUCCAUCGACCCAUCACCCCUGCCAAUCUGCCAUCAUCGUCUCUACCCCAGAAAAUCUCAGAGAGAGAGAGAAAGAGAGAGAGGCAGCUUGGUUAGGGUAGGUCCCAGCAAUGGCUUUGCUUAGGAUGGCCAUGACAUAAUCAAGAAACCCCCAACCCCACCUCCCUCUCUCUCUCAUCAGUCAUCACCAUCCUCCUCCUCCUCUGACCUACCUCUCUCUCUCUCUCCACCAGUCCACCAUGUCCCCCUCUCUCUUUCUCUUUCUCCUCCCAGCCCCACACCUCUGAUCUCCACUCCCCACCCCCACACACCCGCGCCUGCCGCGCACGUGCACACUCCCGGCCGCGCCGCCACCGGCUCCUCCUCCGUCCUCGUCCUCCGCGCUCCGGCGAACACGCCCCGGCGCCGCCGUCGCUAGCGCUAGCUGCAUGAAACCAAGCAAAGCAAACCUAGUAUAUAUAGUAGUAUCAAGCUAGCUUCUUUUCCUCUCCGCCAGGAAAGAAGUACCAUGGACGCGCCGUCGAGCAGCACGAGCACGAGCACCAACAGCAGCCGGAGCGCCUCCGAGCAGCAUCAGCAGCAGCACCGACAGCACCAAGCGGCGGGGCACCAGCAGCAGCACCCCUUGUACUACGCCGCUGCGGCGGGGGGCGCCGCCGCCAGCGCGGCCGGGAUGCCGCCGUUCAUGGGGUCGCUGGCCAUCGUGCAGCAGGCCCCCUCUGCCGGCGCCGGGGGCGCCGGGGAGGUGCAGCUGGCACAGGCCGCGCCGGCGUCCGGCGGCGCGGAGAAGAAGGCCGUGGUGCCGGCGGCGAAGCGGCCCACUAAGGACCGGCACACCAAGGUGGAGGGGCGCGGGCGGCGGAUACGGAUGCCGGCGCUGUGCGCCGCCCGGGUGUUCCAGCUGACCCGGGAGCUGGGCCACAAGACCGACGGCGAGACCAUCGAGUGGCUGCUCCAGCAGGCGGAGCCCGCCAUCGUCGCCGCCACCGGCACCGGUACCAUCCCGGCCAACUUCUCCUCCCUCGCCGUCUCCCUCCGCUCCGGCGCCUCGCACCCCUCCUCCGCCUCCCGCGCCGCCGCCUUCCACCACCUCGCGCCGCCGCAGCACGAGGUCGCGGCCAUGCUCGGCUGGAGCCACGCGGCCCAUCACCAGCACCACCAGCAGCAGUUCCUCCCGCCUCCGCCGCAGCCGCAGCAGCAGGCGCCGCAGCAAGAUCCCGGAGCCGGGGAGUUCAUGAGGAAGCGCUACAGGGACGGCGCCGACGACCUGUUCAAGGACGCCGCCGCGCGGCAGCAGCAGCACCCCGACGACGGCGGCGAGGCUGAGGAGCACAAGGCCCGCGUGGCGCCGCCGCCAGCCGGGGCAAUGUGGGCCGUGGCGCCGCCCAACAGCUCCGCCGCCGGCGCCUUCUGGAUGCAACCCGCGUGGGCGUUCGGCGCCGGCGGGAGCACCGUGCAGGCGCCGCUCCAGUUCAUGUCCACGAGAAGCAACAACAACUUCCCCGCCGGCGGCGGCGGGGCGACGAUGGACGCCAACAUCGGCAUGCUCGCCGCGCUCAACGCCGGUGGCAGCGUCCAGCAGCAGGAGCAGGAAGGGCAGCCUCCGGAGAUGGCCCAGCGCAGGAACGGUGGCGCCGCGAGCCCCCAGUAAGCAAGAGCCCAGCCAUCAGACAAGGUGAUGGAAUGGAAUCGAUCGCAUGAUGAGAGCAAGCUGUGUGCUUGGUGUGCUGGUGCAAAGCAUUUGGCGAUUAGGGCAGGGGGUUAGUGGCUUGAUUAGGUGAUUGCUACUGCUCUUGGUAGUUGAUCCAUUGGUUGCUUAGUUUAUUUUUGAAGGAUUAUUCUAGUUUGCUCUUGGAUUAAUCUAUGAUUGUGCUGAUGGGAGUGAUGAUUAGCUGUGGGUCCGAUUAAAUCAGAAAGGAUCAGACUGUCAAUUCUUCUUAUGUUAUGGUGCCAAGAAGAUUGCUGAGAGAUUUGUACAGUCA